UGGCUCAGUGGUUCAGUUUCCAGCACCUACAUAGCAUCUGAUACCUGUCUGUAACUCCAAUUCCAGGGCUUCUGACACCUCCCACACAGACAUACAUGCAGGCAAAACACCAAUGAACAUAAAGUAAAAAUAAUUUAAAAAGAUUGACUCAAAAAUAAAGGUAAAUAAAUGAAUAAAUAGAAUACUAAUAGUAAACAUAAUUUUUGAAACAUUACAUGUACACACACAUGUGAGUUUGUGAGCAUAGGGGCAAUAGGCUCCUUUCACCUUUCUGAGGGUUCUUGGGAUCAUACUCCAGUAAUUGGGUUGUGUGACAAAAAUUACCUGUUGAGCCAUCAUGAAGGCCCAUGUUGCACUUUCUUACCCUCACGUGUGACCUGUGUGUCAGCAGCAACCCCCAUAGCUAAUGUCAGAAGAAAGCGACUCUCUGCGAACCAGCCCCUCUGUGGCCUCCCUCUCUGAAAAUGAGCUGCCACUGCCUCCACCUGAGCCUCCCGGCUACGUGUGCUCGCUGACAGAAGACUUGGUCACCAAAGCCAGGGAGGAGCUUCAGGAGAAGCCCGAGUGGAGACUCCGGGAUGUGCAGGCCCUUCGAGACAUGGUGCGGAAGGAGUACCCCUACCUGAGCACGUCGCUCGAUGAUGCUUUCCUGUUGCGCUUCCUGCGGGCCCGAAAGUUUGAUUAUGACCGGGCCCUGCAACUGCUGGUCAACUACCAUGGCUGCAGGCGGAACUGGCCAGAGGUCUUCAGCAACCUAAGACCUUCAGCCCUGAAAGAUGUUCUUAACUCUGGGUUCCUCACAGUGCUGCCCCACACAGACCCCAGGGGCUGCCACGUCCUCUGCAUCCGACCAGACAGAUGGAUACCAAGCAACUACCCAAUCACUGAGAACAUCCGAGCCAUAUACUUGACAUUAGAGAAACUCAUUCAGUCUGAAGAGACCCAAGUGAACGGAAUUGUAAUUCUCGCAGACUACAAAGGUGUCAGCUUAUCAAAAGCAUCUCAUUUUGGCCCUUUUAUAGCCAAAAAGGUGAUUGGCAUCCUUCAGGAUGGCUUCCCCAUUCGGAUAAAAGCAGUCCACAUAGUGAACGAACCUCGGAUAUUUAAAGGCAUUUUUGCCAUCAUAAAACCAUUUCUGAAGGAGAAAAUUGCAAACAGGUUCUUUCUCCAUGGGUCUGACCUGAACUCUCUCCAUACAAGCCUUCCAAGGAAUAUCCUCCCCAGGGAGUAUGGGGGCACAGCUGGAGAGCUGGACAUUGCCACCUGGAAUGCGGUGCUGCUGGCAUCAGAGGAUGAUUUUGUAAAAGAGUUCUGCCAGCCUGUGCCUGCCUGUGACAGUCUCCCAGGCCAGCCACUGCUGCCUGAAGGACUGAUCUCAGAUGCGCAGUGUGAUGAUUCCAUGCGAGCCGUGAAGUCCCAGCUCUAUUCCUGCUAUUAGCUCUCUUCUGGGAGAGUCACCGUGUAUAAUUCCUUCAUUCCUUAGAAAGGCACAAGACUGAAGAUGCCGAGGCCUCGGUCUUGCGCCAUCAUUAUGCAGUGACGGAGCUGCCUAUAAAGAUUAAAGGUGAGCCCACCACAGGCAGACCAUUGGCUAUCUGCAUUAUUCCAGGGAAGACAAGGAAACUGCCCUGGUGAUUCCCAAAUGUUUGCAACUGCUAGUCUGGAUAAGCUGUCUGUAUCUGUUUCUUACACAUCUUGGAAGCAACCAGGGUCAAAGUCACUCUGAAGUAACUAGGAGACAAGUGGAUUGAUCACGACUCUGAAACAAUUUAUUUGGUCACAACUCCGAAGCAGUCUGCCAAUCCUGAAAGAUGGCCACACAUGAAACUGUUGAGUCUCUUUCCCUAAUAACCCUAGGUGUUGACCUCUGUUGCUCAUCAGCAAGAUUCAAGAUUCAGGCCCUAGCUGUCAUCACUGGACCUAGAAAGCACUGUAAAUUGAGCAGUACAAAUACCAGGACCCAGGCAGUAGUUAUAGAUCAAAUUUGGAAGCCAGGUGCUUCAGAGCAUCCCUGGGCUUCCAGGGUUGAAUCUUGCAAUAGAAACUUUUCCCAAACCCAUAAAGCCUUAGCUCUGGUUCUCCAUGGGAUCAUACUGGUCAACAUAAAAUACUGGAUUUCCAGACUAUGUGAGUAACACAUUUGGACUAGGAGUCAUGUGGCUGGACAAGGCAUGGACCUCAGCUUUGUCAUUUCUAAAGUAAGCUAUGUGGGAUGGUUCUUUGAGGUGCUGAAAUUGUUAGGUUUUCUGCUUGCAAAGAUGACCACCUAGAGGUGGCUGGGUCUUGGUAUUUUGUGGUAUGUACACAAGCCUUACGUAAAGGAGUAUCACCAUUUGGCUGUGCCUUUGGUGGUAACCAACUGCCUUUGUAGAAUGAUGGGUGACCUUGAAAGGGAUGGCUUUUGCGAGGCUGACCAAAUCUUGUACAAACCCUUCCACCCUGGAGACACUACCAGUAUCAGAAACAGUCACAGUAAUGGCCAGCUUUGGGCUUCUUCUAUUUUUGUCUCUGGAAACACACUGGGCCAGGUUGUUGCUGGUGUACCUGGGGCCCAGCAGACUGUCUAAUGCGGAUGAACCAGUUGGCCAGAAUGUUAGUUUUGCAUUUAGGCACUUUAGACACCUGUCAAAAUUUUAGCCUUAACCCAAGCUUUGAGGGAAUUAUCUCCUGGUUUUUGACCCAUUUCCUUUGGUAUUCAUCGGGUAUUAGGAUGUUAAAUAGCGUCAACUACUGUUGGUUGUGUAUUUACUAGAGUAAGCAGGCAUGUAUGUGGCUUUGAGACUCAAAGGUCGGUCGACUGUUACUAAAUUUCCUAAAACAUCUGCAGUUCUUAAUUGAAACUUACCACAAUAAUGCCAAAUCUGGGAAACAUUCUUUUCAGCAUAGAUGCUAAUCCUUGAUCUUUUAGAUCCUGGCUGAGCUUAAGUGCCAAAACACAGCCGUCUUGACUGCCCAGAGACCAUUCACUACUGAGUUUCUGCUAUGUGGUUUAGCUCCUGGCAGGUUUUCUGCCUACAGGGAUGACCACUCACACACCCAGAAAAACCCAUGAUGGCUCUGAACCCAACAACCUGGGCAAGAGAUUCUAUUAACAGCUUUCUUAGGUCCUAAAGAGGAAGAGAGCACAAGAAAAAAGAAUAGACAAAGGGAGCCGGGCGUUGGUGGCGCACACCUUUAAUCCCAGCACUCGGGAGGCAGAGACAGGCAGAUCUUUGUGAGUUCGAGGCCAACCUGGUCUACAGAACUAGUUCCAGGACAGGCUCCAAAGCUACAGAGAAACCCUGACUUGAAAAAAACCAAAAAAAAAAAAAAAAAAAAAAACACACAAAACAAAACCAAACCCCCUCCCCCCCAAAAAAAAACAAGACAGAGAGAAAGAUGAAUUCCUUCCCUGGUUUAAAUCCUGUCACAUGACUAGCUAGUUCUUUGUUUAACAAAGGGCAGCCAGGCUCACUGGGAAAAAUCUCAGAGCAUAAAGCACCCAGUUUGCUAGGCCUUUCUGAUUAGGGAGCCAUUCCAUCAAGCCUGAGAGCGUGGGUCUGCUGUCCCCACAGCUGUUAACACUGCUGCCUGCUGACUCUAAAGAUCAGUCUUGGCACCUCUGGGUUGAAGCCUCUGUGAGGCCAGGACCUCCUGGUGUAAAAUAAAGCAGCUCGUGUGCUGAGCAAGGAGCGCAGCAAAGCUUCAGUUGACGGGAACACUGGUAGAGGCAUCAAGUGAGCAAGACUUUAGGGGUAAAGUAUCUGACUUUAAAGUUCUAGACAUUUUACAGAUAGCUAAAAAUGAGCUUUUCCUAAAAUUCAAGGUUAUAUGGUGUUGGGAGGGAAAAGCAAUGGUGAAAUAGAAGUGGGUCCCAGCUUUAGCGCUCUACUUGGCACCCUUGAUCACUGGACAAAGAAGCUUGUUCACUGAACUCUCAAUCCUGUUCCUAAUUGGUUCUCUGGCCAUAAUUAUGGGCACUCUUCUUUUUAAAAACAAGGUCAUUUAAGAAUGUAGGUCAAGUAAAUAGGCGCUGCAAUAUCCUAGGGAUAUGAGAGUUUCCUUCUCUUGCCCAAGUCCACUACAGACUUCCACUAAAUUCUGAUCCCUGAAACCUAUUGUUUUUUUUUGUUGUUGUUGUUGUUGUUUUUGAUUUUUCUAGACAGGGUUUCUCUGAAGUUUUUGGUGCCUCUCCUGGAACUAGCUCUUGUAGACCAGGCUGGCCUCGAACUGACAGAGAUCCGCCUGCCUCUGCCUCCCAAGUGCUGGGAUUAAAGGCGUGAGCCACCCCCCCACCCCCGCCCCUGAAACCUAUUGUUCCUUCAUGGAGGGACACAGAUAAAAUCUACAGCAAUAGCCAGAAGUGCUGGCUUCACACCUUGGCUUUCUCUGGGCACAGGCCGGUUAAACCACUCUCAUCUCAUCCUAGGUUUGUAAGCACCUCAGGUUACAAGGUUUCUUCAGAAAUGCAGGCAUUCCCUCUGAAUAUCUAGGACAGCCUUACGAUCCAGCAGGCAGUUUGGUGGAUGUCAUUUCAUCCUCAUCAUUCAUGGACCUUGCUUUUUCAUCUGGGCAACAGCUACAGUGCUGUUGUGGCACUAUAAUACCUCAUCUUGAAGUCAUGCACUUCAGGUUUUCCUGUGGAAUCUCCUUUAGGAAGGAAAACAUUCACUCGAUGUACGUGUAGCUGUUCUAUGGUCAUGUCAGGCUGGAACACCAAUGGUUGCUCAGGACAGCCAGCUAUCUUGGUAAGGCGCUCAGUAUUGCCAUCUGUUCACUCUAAAUCUCAAGCAAAUUUCUUUCUGCUCUCCCAAUUUAGAAAUGCUCAGCUUCAAAUGCAAGAAGCGCUACCAAAUACUUCUCCUUGGGAGCUAACUCCACAGGAAGGCUCAGUAUGACUUGCAGUUGGAGACGACAUGUUUAUAGGUUUUCGAUUACCUGGGGUCCUGUGUGUGUGUGUGUUUUCAAUCUCACUGGAGGCUUUUUCCAUCAGGCAGUUAAAUGGUGGCUGCUUUGGAGUCUCCUGGAUGUGCCUCGGCUUCUUGGCAUAGCACACAGGAACCCAACAGGUAAAUACUUGAAACUUCCCAGCGGCCAAGACCUUCAAUACCCUUCUGACCGGUGGGAAUGGGGCUGUUUUCCUGAGCAGUCUAGGCUACUAUUUUAGCCCAUGGUCACGUUCCUUACUUCAAACUGAAAUUCAGUUUGACUUUGAGUUUAGGCACAUGUGGUGGAUUCAUCUACUUCAGUGUUUGUUUUGACCAAAAGUUUAUUUUUCUAGUGCAUUUUUCUAAGUGGUGAAAAUAUGUAAUUUUAGUAUGCAUGACUGGACCUCCAACAAUAAAAAUCUCUGUA